AUGAGUUUGAGCAACCUGGCUCCCAACGCUUCGGCGCAAGAAAUUCAGGACGAAAUUACCUUCUUCCAGAUUCUCAUUGACACCCUCGACCCCGACUCGGAAACAUUUUGGCAAGACAAAACCGACCGAGAAGAAGCCAUCGCCAGCCUGCAGUCACGCCUCGACGCCCUUCAAGCAUGCACGGCAGGCCCUUCAUAUGCGAACACCAGCUACCAGCCUGCCCUGCCUGCCCUGCCUGCACCCUUCCCACCACAUGGCGUCUACCAGCAACCUAAUGACCCUUCCAACUUUUUCACCUCGAACGCCCGCAAACGCCCAAGGACUUUCGACGAUAGCCUUACUGCCGAUCAUGCGAACAAGUCGAGCCGGACCACUCCCAGUCCUGCUGCUACUACCCCGGGUACCUCCAGCUCGAACGACUCGUUUCCAGAGCUGUACGAAACUUAUCCUCCGCAGACCCAGGCUCAAGCUGGUGGGGUGAGGUAUGCGCACAGCUCACUCAACCAGGUGCUGGAACCAGCCAGACCAAGUGAGGUUCACCAGCACCCGGGGUCACAGCAAGAUAGACAGGACGUCGGGAACUCUUAUGCGUGGGGCUGGCCCGCUCAAGAGACGCCGAGCCAUCAGCCGCACUAUCAGAUGCAAUCCCAGCGACCUCCGCAGCCGGCUCCGACCAACUUUCACCAAUCACCGCGUCCCUUUCAAGGUGGCACGCCUGCCGGGCCCUCAAACGGGCCAUUCCAAGUGCCUUUGCGCGUUUCACACCACAACCCCCCGCCAUUUCAACGUUCUUUCUCCUCUCAGUCCAUGAACGCCCAGGUCUCUAGGCAAACACCACAACGCUUCCCUUCUGCGAAUGGGGUAUUGUCACGUUCCGUACCGUCUCAGCCCAUCAAAUCCGAAUAUCCUAAUAGCAGUCCUCUGCGUGCGCCCAUUCCAAGGCCGAGAGAUCACUUCCAGUCGUCGAACUCAAGCAGGGCUGGACCCGGCCGUUCUCAGACCACCAGUAAUGGAGUUGAGAUCAUUGAUCUCUGCGACUCUGAUUCCGACUCGGACAUCCAGGAGGUGGCUGCGUACGCAAAUCGAAACCGCCCUGUCAACCCAAUUUUCACACCAAGGCACGCCCAGCAGACCGGUUUCACACCUCCGCGACAAGCAUUUAACACAAGAGUCCCCCGAACUAUUGGUUCACAGCCCAUCUACAAUACCUUGCAGGGAACCUUUGAUAACCCGGUAUCCAUCGAUGAAUAUGAGGACUUCUUGCAAAUUGUCGACAAUCCUUGGCCGCGUAGGGAUCCUACUCGAGGCGGUCCUUCGAUCCCGACUACAGUGCAGGGCGGCAUCGAGCGUCCCGACCCGUUCACUAACUCAACAAACACCUACUUAAUGGGCCACAUGGCAGGCUAUUACCCAAGCCAUGCAAACCUUAACAACAUGCCCGAGCGUCAGCGGGAAUGGCUCGACCGCUACGGUGGAUAUGGACAAUCUGCCCAGGGGUCGAGUGGCGAGGCUGUGAAGAACAUGCUUAAAAACAUUCGCCCUGAUGAAGAAAUACCCCCUGAGCGCCGCCUUGCGACUCCCGAGGCUAUGGCUGUUCAACUGAUGGAGCACCAAAAAUUGGGAGUCGCUUGGAUGAAGCAUAUGGAAGAGGGGUCGAACAAGGGCAGCAUUCUUGCUGAUGAGAUGGGCCUCGGUAAGACCGUCCAGGCUUUGUCCUUGAUCGUUUCGAGACCUCCUGAAGAUCCUUUGAGGAAGACAACUCUGGUCAUUGCACCUGUCGCAUUGAUGCGGCAGUGGGAGCGGGAGGUCAAGACGAAGAUCAAGGGCGGCAAUCAUGCCUUGAAAGUUAUGACAUACCACGGUUCGAAGAAGAAGUCCUUCAGAGAUCUUCGGCAGUUUGAUAUUGUCCUUACGUCUUACGGAACGGUGGCCUCGGAGUUUACCAGGAAAGAAAAGAUCAGAGAAUUCGAGGCCCGCAAUGCUGACGAGCCUGAGGGAGCCGCACCAAGGCCAAAGAACGAAGACUACCCGCUGCUAGGGAAAGAUUCUUUGUGGUACAGAAUCAUUCUCGAUGAAGCUCACAACAUUAGGAACAAAGAAACGAAGACAUCGAAAGCUUGCUGCGACUUGAAAGCCGUUUACCGACUAUGCAUGACUGGCACGCCCAUGAUGAACAGAACCGACGAGCUUUACGGGCUAGUCAGGUUCCUUCGGAUCCAACCCUACUGCGAAUGGGGCAACUUCCGGGCUGACAUCAAAACCUCGCUUGAAAAGGGAAGCAAGCCAAUUAGAGAGGAUGGCAUGCGCAAGCUCCAGGCUUUGCUAAAGGCCAUUCUUCUUCGCCGCACCCAACAGUCCAAGAUAGAUGGCAAAGUCAUCUUCGAGCUUCCACCAAAGACCAUUGAGGUGGAGCAUGUUGUCUUUGACCAAGAUCAAGACGAUUUUUACAGGGCACUCGAAAGCAAGACACAACUCAAAUUCAACAAGUACCUCAAGGCAGGUACUGUCGGCAAGUCAUACUCGCACAUUCUGGUCUUGCUGCUUCGUCUCCGCCAAGCGUGCUGUCAUCCGCAUCUUCUCAAGGACUUCGCGGAGCCCGCUGCAGGUCUCUCUGAGGAUGAACUGCUCGAAUUCGCCGAGCAGCUGAGUGAGGAUGUUGUUUUACGCAUCAAGGCAGAGGAGGGAGCAUUCAGCUGCCCGAUCUGCCUCGACGGCGUUGAGAACCCAGCCAUUUUCCUACCUUGUGGUCACAACGCUUGCAGUGAGUGCUUCGCACGGAUCACUUCCGAUCCUGCGCGAGGCGAAGAAGGUUAUAAAUGCCCUAACUGCCGCGGAAAGCUGGAUCCCAAGAGGAUUACCGACUACAACUCUUUCAAAAAGGUCCAUAUGCCGGACGCCCAAGAAAAUGAGGAGGGACCAUUCGCCAGGGAAGAAGCCUACGCAAGCAGCGAUUCAGAGAGCGAUGAAGAGGAUGAUCUCGAUGGAUUCAUUGUGCCAGAUGACGAAGUCGAAGGAUCAGGCUCGGAUCGCUCGAAGCCAAAGCCCAAGAAGUCGAAGGGGAAGGAAAGAAAGGCCGAUGCGCCCCCCAAGCAAAAAAUGACACUUGCGCAGCUUCGCAGGGAGGCUCACAGGAACAUCGCUGCCAAACAACGCUACUUCAGGCGGUUGUGCAAGGAUUGGGUCACCAGCGCUAAGGUGGACCGCACAAUGGAACUGCUCCACAAGAUCAGGAACGAGGACCCCACCGAGAAGACACUCGUCUUCUCUCAGUUCACCAGUCUGCUCGAUAUUGUCGAAGUACCCUUGGCUCGGGAGGAUAUCGAGUACACCCGUCUUGAUGGUUCCAUGUCUGUUGACCUGCGCAAUGAGGCCGUGAACCGUUUUAUCGAUUCGCCUUCCUGCAACAUCAUGCUCGUCUCGCUGAAGGCCGGUAACGCUGGUCUGAAUCUCAAUGCAGCGUCUCAGGUCAUCAUCUUGGAUCCUUUCUGGAAUCCCUACGUUGAGUAUCAGGCAAUUGGUCGCGCUCACCGUCUCGGACAGAAUCGACCUGUCGUAGUGAACCGGAUCUUGGUGAAAAAGAUGGGAGACGAAGGUCAGAACCACACGGUUGAGGACCGCAUAAUGGCGCUCCAGAAGAAGAAGGAGCAGCUGAUCACAAUGGCAUUGGAUGAAGAGGCAGGGAAGAGCCUCUCGAGGCUGACUAUUCAGGAUUUGGCCUUCCUCUUCGGAGUGCGCGCCAACCAUGGCUAG